UGAUUUGAUACAGAGAAGGAGAACUUGUGCUUGUAUGGGCAUCCUGGAGAGAUGUGGGAGGUGACGUUGCUGGCGGAGGAGGUGCCGCCGGAGCUGCCCGAGCCGGCGCUCAGGAUCAACUUCGCGAGGGACGGGAUGAACCGGAAGGAUUGGCUCUUGCUGGUGGCGGUGCACAGCGACUCGUGGCUCCUUUCUGUCGCCUUCUUCUUCGGAACCCGCUUCAAUGGCAACGAGAGGCGAUCGCACCCCAGCCAUCCUCUGCCUUCCGGAGCUCUCUGCUGCCUGCGCCAAGAAGGCCCUCGAUCUCGGCCCCCAGGGCCUCAUGUUCCCCAUGAUCGAGUCCCCCGACGCCGCCGAGCUCGCCGUCUUAUUCUGCCAUUUCCCGCCGCACGGCGUCCGCGGGUCCGCCGACACAGUGGUGCGUGCCUCCGCAUACGGCAUCGACGAUGGCUACCUGGCGUGGGUUGACGAGGAGCUGCUGGUGAUGUGCCAGGUGGAGACGGCGGCGGGGCUGGCGGAGAUCGAGGCGAUCGCCGGCGUCGAGGGGGUCGACGUGGUGCAGAUGGAGCCGUUGGAUCUGAGCGCGAGCAUGGGGCAUCUGAGGGAUGCGAUGAAGGAAGCGGGGAGGAAAUUGGGGAGGAAUCGAGGAAAUGAGGCUCUGAUUCAAAAUAAUUUUUAA